AUGGAGUUAAGCAUCAUGGCCAAUGUAACUGAUGGGCUCCUUAUUCAAGCUUCGCGAGUGCAGCCAUCUCGUCAAAGCAAUGAAAGGCAAGAAAAUAAAAAGGGAGGCAAACCUCCUUCAAGAUUCAGUAAAAAUGAGUCCAUGGCAAUAAACACAGCUCCCAUGAAAAUUGCUACCAAGCCCGUGACACUGAGAGAAUUUAUACCCAAGGGGUAUUUAAGUGACGAUGCUGAUAAUUCUACUUCUUGUAAUGUCGUCAAAGCUGAAAAUCCUCAAAUGACACAAAUUGAUAUUAAAUUUGAGGAAAAACUCAAAAUCGAUGAUAAACCACCAGUAGAUUGUGCAACGACUAUCAUUUUUUAUGAUGACGAUUUAACUGUUGAGUUCAAAACUCACAAUCGACCUUUGUUUGUUAGUGUGUAUGUCCGAGAACAAAAGAUGAAUCGGAUACUCAUCGAUGGGGGAUCUGCUAUCAAUAUUAUGUCCACACGUGUUAUGAAAGAACUAAGAAUCUCAAGCGAUGAACUCUCCCAGAGUCGCCUCAUGAUCCAAGGAUUUAACCAAGGGGGGCAAAGAGCAAUUGGUCUCAUAAGGUUUGAAUUGCUCAUUGUUAAAAAGGUUGUUGCCGAUGAUAAACCUUUCACUGAGGCCGAAGCUCACUUUGCCGACGCCAAAUUUUACCUUCAGAAAGAAGCAAAAAGAAAAGAAUCAGUAAAGGAAGAAAGUCAAGAUCUCAAAGUACCCAUUUUGCAGUAUAUUCCAAGAUCAAAGAGAGAAGAAGGUCAAUCUUCUUUUAUCAGGAAUGACACAUUAAAUGUUCCGCUCACUAAAAUAGAUCCUGUUAAGAGUGAGAAAGUGAGCUUGCAAGGAUUUAUUCGUCCCAAAGAAGAACCGGCAGUAGAGCAUUACUCACUAUCAACUAAUCGGACUCAAAAAGGUUUUGAUCCAAACGCGUAUAGACUUCUUGCUAAGGUCGGUUAUAACCCAAAUGAAAAGCAUGCAUUGGGAAAACUCCCUCUUGAGGUGACUGGCGAGAAGACUCAUGGAUUAAUACCUACGCAGAAAAUGUUGAAAGAAAAGGGCUAUAAUGUUGAAAGUUCAUUAAGGAGUCUUGGCUAUCAACAGCCUUCUCCAGUGCGUAUAAUGAUCAAAAGAGCAAGUUGUAACUAUAUGAAUGAAGAAAUGGAGGUCACAAGCCGAAAGAGAUCUGUUUUCGAUAGAUUGGACAAUAAGUCAAAACGUACUUCUGUGUUUGACAGACUCGGCCCGCAGCCAAAAAAAUUGAAACCGCCUGUCUAUGAGAAAUGGGGCAGCAAAAAACAAGGAUACCAAGUUGUCAAGAAAGAAAAUUUUACUCCAAUCAGGAAGAAUGAUACGAGGAAACGAGUUUCCAAUUUCUUUAUGCAUUAUAGGGACUUGUUUAACGUAAGGAUCGAAACUAUUUUUGAAGAACAAGGUCAAGAAAGUAUUGCCUCUUGCCAUCAUAUUACUAUCAGUGAUCUUGAAGAAGAAGAAGAAGAUGCAGAUGACGCUCUCGUCGAAUUUGAACAAGGGGUAAAAAAUACAGUCGAUGCCCUAAAAGAGAUUAAUCUUGGCACAAGUGACGACCCUCACCCAAUUUACAUAAGUUCUUGUAUGACUCCUGAGGAAGAGAAAGAGUAUGUUGAUUUAUUGCUUGAAUUCAAAGAUGUCUUUGCCUGGAAUUACUCGGAAAUGCCUGAUUUGGAUCCAAGGAUCGCCGUCCAUAAUUUAUCUGUCAAGCGAGGAACAAAACCUGUCAAGCAAACUCAAAAGCGCUUUCGGCCGGAAUUGAUUCCCCUGAUAGAAAAUGAGAUAAAUAGACUGAUUGAAGCUGGGUUCAUGUCCCUGUGA